UUCCAUCAGAUUCACCACAAGCAGCGCUGCCGCCGGGAGACGUCCCUGGCCUCUCUAACAUCUCCAUGCUACAGAAACUCUAUGGUUCCGCACAGCUGAUGACGUGCUGAUGGGCGCAUGAUAAUGGCGUCAUUACCCGGCUCCGGAAGAGGGGACACUGCUACUGUGCGACACGUGUGUUGGGGAGCUGUGCGAUGGCGGAAUUAGACCGAGUAGUGAAACCAAAGACAAGGAGAGCAAAGAGAUUUUUGGAGGACAGGCAGCCAAAGCUAAAUGAGAAUGACAAAAAUUCUAUGCUUAUUAAAGGAGGUAAUGCUAACAACACUGUGUCCCAGGCCCUGAAAGAUCUGUAUGCUUUGAAAAAGCCAUUCAGUGUGCUGUAUAAAAAGAAAAAUAUGACGCGGCCUUUUGAAGAUCAGACUUCACUGGAAUUUUUCUCGAAGAAAUCUGACUGCUCGUUGUUUGUGUUCGGUUCCCAUAAUAAGAAACGUCCAAAUAACUUGAUCUUUGGUCGGAUGUUUGAUUUUCAUGUACUGGAUAUGAUUGAGCUAGGCGUGGAGAAGUAUGUUUCCUUAAAGGAGAUUAAGAACUGCAAGUGUCCUGAGGGAACCAAGCCUCUACUGAUAUUUGCCGGUGAUGCUUUUGAAAUCAGUGAGGAUUACAGACGAUUGAAAAGCCUGCUGAUAGAUUUCUUUAGAGGACCAACUGUGUCUGCGAUACGUCUUGCUGGGCUGGAGCAUGUCCUGCAUUUCACAGCAGUGGAUGGAAAGGUUUUCAUGCGCAGCUACAAAGUCCUAAUGAAGAAAUCCGGGUGCAGGACCCCAAGAAUAGAACUGGAAGAAAUGGGGCCUUCAUUUGAUUUUGUGAUGAGAAGAACUCACCUGGCUUCUGACGACCUGUACAAAUUAUCACUGAAACGUCCUAAAGCCCUUCAGGCAAAGAAGAAGAAGAACAUCUCCCACAAUACUUUUGGCACAAAAUAUGGGCGAAUCCAUAUGCAGAAACAGGAUCUGGGCAAACUACAGACUCGUAAAGUCAAAGCAUUGAAGAAGAGACCUGCAAAGAAGUCCGCAGCCAGUGAGGAGACAACGCCAAAGAGAAGGAAGAAAGAAUGAUUGCGUUGCUAGCAUAUGAGGACUGUAUAUACCAGCAACAACUCAUGUUACAGGACUUGCAUUCUGCCUAGACAAACCCCAUUUUUUGGUUGUAUUCUGCAUUGUCAGACUCUUCAUCAUGGCAUUUUGCCAGAGACCUGACAGUAAAAUGGCAAUAUUGAAUACAGAAUAAAAUGUCUGUACGUAAUCUAGACUCAUGUGAAAAUUCCCAGAACAAAACUAGAGAAAAUGUACUUGAAGCCUUCUGUUACUAACCACAUGGAACAAUGUAUGGGACAAUACAUGAAAUACUUACAGAUCUGUGUGUUUUGCAGAAAGCUGAAAUGUGUGCACUCCUAUUGUGCAAGUCUUCAUACAGAUCAGCUGGACCAACGCUCCAUCCACAGUUCAUAUAAAGGGAGAGAUUCCGUUAGCCGUGAGCCUCUGUUGAAAUGCAGUGACUAAUUUUUGCUUGCACCCAGUAGAGGUUAGCAAUACAUGAAUUUUCCCUCCCUGCUUGGGUGAAUCUCUGGUCCUUUUGUGUUCUGUUUAUGGAAUAAAAAUGGAGUGUGCAAGCUCCAGUCUUGUAAGAGUUUUGUAAAGGUUCUCCAAUAAAAAUGACAUUUAAUAGUUUUGUAA